UGCGAAAUUUCCCGAGGUCAGAUAUUGAACAGAAGGAUUUGCGUUGCUCGGAGGAGUAGAGACAGAGAGGGAGAGGCACUGACAUCACGUGCUGGUAUCUGUUGCGUUUGCCGCUCUAGUUAUUUCAGGUCACGUGAGCAACCGGUCACGCGCCGCGCACUUUUUAUUUUUUAAGCUCCGACAUGAAUUUACGAUCCCGACGUCAUCCCAGAAAUAAGAAGUCAGGUUAAUGCCUUGAAGAAAAAAACCCGGCUUCCAAGGAAUUCGGGUUAUAAAAGUGAAAGGCAUAUGUUUGCAGCAGUGCCGCCUUUAUUCGGCAUCAGAAACCACGGAGCAGGGAGGUCUCUUGGGCGGCCUCGGGGGAUAUAUCACGUGUGAAGUCUUGGUCUUGUGAUUCGUGCAGUGACCGCCAUUUCUUGGUGUCAAAACGAUCUUCGCUUGAAAUGCCUAAUGAAUCUCCCAACGGUACCCGAAGGCUGUAGUGUGCGGGCUCCAGCUUGCAACCGAAAAUACGAACGGAGCACUAGUGGACUCGUCAAAGCAUCUUCAGAGGAGUCCCUUUGACCUUUUCUUCCGUUGCCAGCACGAGACGCAUUCACAUUUUGCUCUGGACUGUCCAGCACGUAUUAGCAGUGCUGGGGCUAGCUCACCCACGGGAAGUGUGUCCGAGUGUUUGUGAGUAUGAAAAGUGCAAAAACAAGAAAGUGAGCAUUCGUGGAACCAGUCGAGGGCACGGUCACGCAUGGAUGAUGCGAGGUCACGCGAUUAGCUUUCUGGUGACCCUAUAACUUGCGGGGCGCAGCAGGCAGCAGUGAAUUCCCACAUCGUGAAGCACAAAUCAAGUCUGGAAAAAAAUUCAUUCACACUGCAGGUCGGCUUAGUAACAGGUGCGACUGGCUUACCGAGAUGAAAGGAGAGGCGCAGAAGGUUGAAGUGGUUCACUAGGAAGGCUCGUCAAGACAGGAACUAUAGUUUGUCAGAUCGUCUGAAACUAGUCAGUGCAUAGAGCUGAUUCAUCGGUACAUCUGAAACUUGGUUCCUACAAACCGGAACUGUUCAUCCUGUGUCCAGAACCGUUCAACGACAACAGCGAUGUGAGCAAGUGUCCCAAACAAGAGACCCAUAAACGAAACAGGACAGUUUGAAAGACAUCUUUGGUUUUGACAGGGAAAAUCGUAGGUCGUUUCUGACGGACAGGAGAACCAGGUUUAUUGGUUUAUUUGUGACGGGCAGGAUAGCAUGGCUCAUUUCUGACCCCUGUGAAGAGUGGCUAUCUGACGACUGGGAAUUGUGGCUUAUUCUUGGCAGUAGUGCAUACAUGCAACGCAUUUCUGACCAUCUUUGAGCGAGGUGCACACCUGGUUUCCAUUGCUGGGAAACACUCGAUCCACUUCCGGACACGAAGAUCGAGGGCCAUGUAUUCGCCAAGCGGAGGAAUCCCAGAGGCACUGGCCCGCAAACUGAAUGCAGCCACAGUGGAAAAGGAAGCAGAGACGGCAGGUGGAGGCGACAAAAAGGAACACCUGUACAAAAUUCUGGUGAUCGGAGAGUUGGGAACAGGAAAAACAUCUAUCAUCAAACGAUAUGUCCACCAGUUCUUUUCACAGCACUACAGAGCUACCAUUGGUGUGGACUUUGCUCUGAAGGUGCUAAACUGGGAUGCCGACACACUCAUUCGACUUCAAUUAUGGGACAUUGCAGGUCAGGAACGCUUCGGAAACAUGACACGUGUAUAUUAUAAGGAGGCAGUUGGAGCCUUCGUUGUCUUUGAUGUCACAAGAGCUUCGACUUUUGAUGCUGUUACAAAAUGGAAAAAUGACCUUGACAGCAAAGUUCAGCUGAGCGAUGGAUCGCCUGUGCCCUGUGUUUUGUUAGCCAACAAGUGUGACCAGACAAAGGAGGGCCUUGUCAACAAUACAGCACAGAUGGAUGAGUUCUGCAAGGAGAAGGGAUUCAUUGGAUGGUAUGAAACAUCAGCCAAAGAAAACAUCAACAUCGAUGAUGCAGCGCGGUUCUUAGUUACAAAAAUUUUGGAGAAAGAUAAAGCAAUGCAGCUGGGUGAUGAAGAACGAGAUCGUGAUCGAGUAAUUUUGGAGAGGAAUGGGCCACAGAGUCCGUCAGCACGGAAAAGUUGUUGCUGAUGUUGAGAGACAUUUGAUAGCACCUCUUUGGCUUGCCUUGCCUUAUAUACCCACACGGAUGCUGUUGGCAUUUUGUGUGGUAUUUUAUGUACCAUCUUAUGAUCAUAAAUUGCAGCCCGAUAAUAUUAGACCACUUAUGAAAUGUUAUAUUUGUUGAAGAAAGCAGCUGAAUGGUAGAUUUAUGAAUGGUUGUUUCUGGGAAUUACCCAAAUAUUAUUCUGACAGAAGGUCACAGAUUCAUCAUUGUGCUGCUAGAUUCCCCAAUCCAUUUAAUGCACAUUCUAUUUAUAAGUUUAUCAGUUGUUAUUUUGGUGUGCCAGACUUCUUCAGUGUGUGCCAGAUAUUUUGAGAGACGAUCAUUGCCUGUGAGCACUCUAAUUCAUGAUCCAUUCCCCCCAGCUAUCGCAUCCUUCCUUAGCUGUUUCCCCAACUUGGAAGGGAACGAGAAAACAUGCACAAGACAAAUUUCCAUCCUUUUCUUCACAUGCCUUUCAGAGACCAUGAGGUUUUUCAUUAACCCAGGAUUGUGUCAGGCAGCACACAUUCCUUGUAUAGUAAAUAAGAAACCAACAUUUUGUUUUCAUUAGUUGUUGAGGGAAUUAUGUCUCUUUUGUAAGGUGAGACCAUGAAGCAGGUAAUCAGAUAGUGGCAAAUGAUGUAGCUUGUGUACAAAAACCAACAGAAAUAAUCAAAAAUGUCAAAAGCGUGAUGCUUCUUGGUGAUGUUUUUAAACUAUGCCUUUUGUGAGUGGACUGUAUAGUAAAAUGCACAUUCUUGAGCUUGUACGUUUGACUGUGUAUUUGAUUAGAGAGGUCACCCCUCAGAAACCACCAGUUUUUAUCAAACUAAGCAUUUUAUAUGUAUGGCUAGCUCAUUGACAUUUUUCCCUUUAUGUAUCACACUCAGGCUUCAAGAUCUGUAAUCUUGCCUUAAAACAGCCAAACAGUGAGGGAGGAACAUUGGGUUUGUUGCACAAAAUAUGAUUAUAUGAGGAGAUUUAAGUAGGCAGUGUCUUUGCACAGUGAGCUUUUAAAUAACAUUUAGAGAUUAAGAACAGUUUCUUAAAGGCAUGUCUUUGACAGCAGCUGGCCUACUUAUAGCGCACUCCCAAAUAAAGAUCAAACCAAAUGUAGUUAACUGGCCAAUUGAUAUUUUAUCAGGUUCUGUUAAAUAAAAUCACAGCCAUGAUGCUCACCACCAUUUGCUGCCAGUCUGCUAUCAACUUUACUUCAGGAUCACAUCAGCUUGAGCCUACUCAGUCACAAUGUACAAAACUUCUUACAGACUGCUAAGUUACAGAUAUAGUACACCUCCCGUGGAGGUCAAAAGAAACCACAUUGACUCUAUGAACAAGAAACUUUUAAUUAUAGAGGAUUAACAUAGCCCAAGAGUUUAGUGUGCUGACCUGCAGAUUACUUAUGAAAUGCACCCUUUUUAACAAUAUGAGUAAUUGAGUAGAGCAAACUGUAUCAGAUUGUAAUCAGCAAAAUGUACCAUUGAAGCUAAGUUAGUUGGUGUAUUCUUUAUCCCAGUAAUCAUUUAGUCCACCACUAUUUAGAGUUGUUUUCCCUGACAUUUUGUGAUGUUUGUGGAGAUAUUUCUUGUGUUGAAAAUAAUUUAGCUAUGCUAUUUUCUAUUUCUGCCACAUAUCUGCAUGUGAUUUUAGAAUUUAUUUUUUCAUCACUGCAAUUUAUUGAUCUCAUUCUAUGCAGUAAAUUACUUUACUUUUUCAGUCAAGUACAUACCAUUUAACUACAUCAUUAAUGGCGCUGGAAAACUGUAUAAUUAACAUGAAAAGACCAAUCUGCUUUAAGUUUGGGUUAGAAUUUUACAAGCAAUUUUUUUCCACUUGUGAUGUUUGAUCAGUUUUAGUAAUAAGUCUUUGUAAAGUCAUUGUUAUUUUGUACUGUUAUUUAACUUCUGCUGCAAGAUGCAGCAGGGGGGACUAUGAAGACUUGCUUUCGUAUGAUGGUACAAUUUUUUUUCGCAGAUAUUUUGUUUGCUCAUGUUAUAUUCAUAUGAGCAUGUAUAAAGUGAAAGAAGGUGUAGAUUAUUUGUGCGCAAUUAAAAACAUCUUUGCCAAGAGAAUGUAUGCUUUUAUACUAUAUUUCUUUCCAAAUAAAAUAGUGAAGUGGUUCAAAGUCACAAAUGAUGUAAUGUAACUGUCUCUAAAAAGUCUCCAGGUGUUAAAGCGUACCCUCUUAUUUUGCAUAUCACCAGGUGUAAAAGUUAAAUGUCCCUUGAGUUCAAGAUCACACGAGUGAAAGCCAUUUGUUGAAAGUUUUUUUUUCACUAAGUAUAAACACCAGUGUACUACAGCAGUACUUGUAUAAUAAUCCUGUUGAUGAGACUUUUGCCUUUUAACAUUCUGAGAGAGAGCAUUUCAUGGAAGUGUGGUUCUUCAAGCAUGCAAUAGCUACCUUGCCAUCAGGAGUUUAAAAACCAACAAGCAAGGAAAAAUUACCUACAGCAACUCUUGAUAUGUAGACUAAAUCUCUUAAUUCCAAUUUUCUUAAUGUCCGCUGGGCUAAAUGUAAGGAGGCUUCAGAAAAAAAAACAAUUUUUUUGUAAACUUGCACUUUUUACAUUUCUGGUUUGUCAUGGGACAUAAUCAGUAAACAUAGUGGAAAAAAGAAAACAGCUAUCAUUUUGAAUUGUCUCCUAUUCUUGGCUGUUUUGUUUUUUGUUUUAAUUCUGCAUGACUGGGAUAAUUUUGGCAGGUGUUCUGCAAAGGCAUGGCAAUGAGGGAUCAUUUUGUAUAAAAAUAGUGGGGUACAAAAAUGUUGAAGAGCCUUUUCUUGUUACAUCAAGGGUAAUCAUUACUAUCAUAGCCAGGUUUACAGAUGGUUUGGCAGGUUGUGGAGUGUACAGUGUGCUAGUGACAUAUGACAUAACUCGUGUCCCUGACCUAAGACAGUUGGAGCUAGGCCUGCCUGUCCACUGAAGUGAUCAGCAUUGUACAUUUUUUUUUUUUGCCUUCAUCCUUUCCUUGUGCUAGUCAUGCACCUGGUGGUUUGAUGCAUCAUGUCAUAACUCUUCAGUUGUUCAUGUAGCUAGAGCUGCUAACAUUUAGUGCUUUCAUGAUGUGGCCUAUUUUUUUGGAUGGAGGGGGAUGGGUUGGUGGAGGUGAAAUAGCAUUUUUGGGGGUUUUUCUUUUUUUUUUAGAUUGUCUACAGUGAUAACCUUAUGUUAAAUGUUUGGCAGGAUACUGUUUAAUUAAUUCAUAAAUUGCAAAAAAUAAGUCGCCAACUAAAAUUGAAGUGUAGCUAUUCAGUAAUUAUUGAAUGUGAGCUUCUUCCUGAUUGUUUGUUGAAACUGCAUUUCAUGAAAUCUUGUUAGUUUUUUAAUAAUUUAUAACUCCCACAAUGCUUUUUUUGUUUCUCCCCCUCCCCACUGCUGGUUUUGACAUUGCUGAUACUUAGUUUUUCAAGUGUCGUAGGCAAAAAUGUAUUUAUCACAUGAUUUUGUUAGUUUGUUGGAAGGAGUAACUGAGUGUAUGAGUGGAAUGGGAAAUCUUGCUCUUUUACUGGUUCACUCGAAAAUAUGAAGUAUUAGGAUGGAGGUGGAAACAGUUUCUAUGCAUAUUUUAUUCUUUUAAAAGAACUUCAAUGGUUCAUUGUUUUAUGAUUAAUCGGGCAUAAUUAAAAAGAGCCAAGUGUUCAUUAGUAACAAAGAUCAAAUUAAAUGUUUCUAAUGGUGCUUUUUCCACCGAGAUGUGGUUCUCUGUAGCCCACCUGGUAUUGCACAGGAACUGAUGAUCGUAGGGAACAGUAAGAGAUGUCCUACAGUGUGCUUGGUAUUACUGUUUAUCAGAAGGGGGCAAAAUACUUAUUAAUGACAAGGAACCGAUCUUUUCCCAUCAGACUACUGCCAUUUAUUUGACAGAUACACUGUUAGUCUCUGUCACACAAUAGGUGGGUUUUUUUCUUGCAAAUCAUAUGAUAAAAUGUGAGAUAGCACCUAGUGAACCUACAGGGUAGGUCUGAAGGUUGUGAUAGCCAAAAGAAAGUGCACUUAGUUAAAAGAGCAGCUCUUUUGUACUUGUUGGGUCUUUUUCCUGGAAACCAACUUAAGAUAUUUUUGUCACAAAGACGCAGCUUGGGAAUCAGUUGAGCCAUUAGUUUAACGUUAAUGGAAAGUGUGAUUCAUUUAUGAAAAUUACAACUGACUUGAGGAUUAGAACUUUUUCUGGCAAUAUUAUGUUUAUAAACAGUUUAUUAUUGCUAGCCUAUGUUAAAUAUACAUAAAGCUAUAGACAUAUAUGCAUGCACACACCCAUACUUGCAUAAUUAAUGUUGGGAUUUUAAAACUGGUAAUGACAUCUAUUUUUCCUUGUGACUAUGAGUGCUUAGACAUUGACAAGCUAAUUUCCCUACAGCAUUGGUUCUUGUCCAAUAGUUCCUAGUAAGAGCACUGCAGCCUGCCUGGCCUAAGUGACUUUUUUUUUUGUAAACCAGAUCAAUAUAUUUUUAAGCAUAUUGUGUACUUACAACGAUGGAAAAACUUUUGUAAAUCAGAUCAUGAUAAUUUUCAAGCUUCUGAUGUACAGUAAAAAUACUGGAAUUAUUUUGUAAUUCAGAUAUUUCCCAGCAUCUUGCAUGCAAUUAAAAAUAACAAAUUUU